UUAUUAACCCUUCUAGUUGAACAAUCUAGUCAUACCAAGUUUACUAUCGAACGUUGAUGAAGUAUAAUUUUUGACUUAAAGUGAUUAUUGUUUUAUCUCUAUGCCCAUUGUGUAAUUCAUUGUUUUCCCGCUUCAUCUAUACAUUCAAUGUUACUUACUUUAAUCCACAAUUUUAUAUUAAACGUUAGAAAUUAUUGACUUUUAUCCCUUUGACCAUCAACCUAAUUAAAAAUGUGGUUUAUUGCUCUAUCAACUUUUAUGAAAAUUGGACUAUUUACCUGUAUGGUCAAAUCUACUGAAUCUCGUUACAUUGACUCGUGGCUUAAAGUCGAAAAUGCUACUCAUCAUAAUGUUAUAAAUUACGUUCGUAAAUAUGAAAAUGACUUUUUAUCAACCAUCCAAUCUGAUAGUUUGAGCUCGCAAUGUCGCUCAGCGCUGAUUGAUUAUAAAAAUGGUCUUCUUAAUUUUGAAUUAACAUCUGUUGGACGACUCGAUUCAAGCGGUAAAUGGCCAAGUGGAUUACUAUCAGGAACAUUUACUGAUUUAGGAUCAUUUGAUACUUGUGUAUCAUUAGAUUCUAGUCAGUAUUGUCUUCUCUAUACAAAUGUACCUCUAUUCAACGAGACUGGUUAUGAAGGUUUUAUGCGCCCAUAUGAUAGUCGAUUGUUCAAUUUCACAAGUGAACCAUUCAAAUAUUUUCAAAAAUAUAUUCAUUUUCUUCGCCGAAUGAACAUUACGACUGGUUUGUGUGUUCCUAAUGAAUGUUCAAGAGAAGAGUUGACUUUCAUUGUCGGUAAACUCUACGAAAAAUUAAGUCCUGGAUUUACUGCUAAUGUGGAUCUCUGUUAUUCUAAACCAAAGAGCGUAUUGUGGAAACCAUCUGAAGUCAUUGGACUGGCAAUUAUUUUAAUAAUAGUAGCUCUCAAUAUUACCGGUCUUUUCGUGUCAAAAAAUUGUAUUGUAGGAGAAUGCUUCAACUGUGGCGCGAAUCUUCGAAAACUACUCACAGUUUCAAGUUCAUCUGGCGAAACAAUAGAUUUUAUUGAUGGAAUCAAAGUCUUUACUAUGGUUCUUGUCGUUAUUUCACAUUUUCAAAUGGGAAAUAUGUAUAAUCUGUACAAGGAAUCUUUUAAUUUCAUCGAGAUCGCCUCUAAUCCAGGUUUCAUCUUUGUAUAUGUCGCUCCUUACACUGUUGAUCUCUUCUUCAUGGUAACCGGCUUGCUAUUGGGCUAUCAUUACUUCUCCGGAAAUCGAAGCUUCAACAUUUUGAAUUAUAUUACUGGGCGCUGGCUUCGUUUUGCUGCCCUUCUUGGAUGGAUAAUUUGCUUGCAAUUUGUGUUAUUUGGUGAACAUUUUCACAAAUAUUUCGGUGGACCUUUCUGGAGUGACCUUAGUGCCAUUGGUUCCAUCGUAAAGUCUUGUGAAAAAACCUGGUUUAUGACCUUAUUACUGAGUCAAUUCUGGUUUGAUAGCUCUGAUAAUGCCAAUGUUUGUUUGUUAUUUGAUUGGUAUCUUGCUGCCGAUUUUAUGCUUUCAAUCUUGUUUUUGUUGGUUUUGUUACCAUUCCUUAAAAAUUAUCGUAAAAUUGCUAUCAUUAAUGCGUUCAUUCUCGUUAUUUCUGGACUUGUAAUAUCUGGACUCGGAAUUCAUUUUCUUGGUAUUCCAACAACAUGGAUAGCUACGAAUUACCAAAUGAAACCAUUAAUCCAAUACAGUUUUGAUUUCAACUUGAAACCUUGGCCACAUAUGGGUCCAUAUUUUGUUGGAGUCAUUUUUGGUUAUAUUUUAUCCAACCAAAAAUUAUCACUAUCGAAGAUACUCCUAACUCUUGGAUGGAUUACAGGUCUCUUGUGUUUAUCAGCUAAUUUUAUUUAUGAAUAUAUUGUUAAUAGAUUUGGAAUCGAUCCUGAAUAUCCAAUUGCUCUAGCUUACGGCAUUGCCUCCAAGACAAUCUGGUCAUUAGGCUGGGCUUGGAUCAUUUUAGUUCUUAAAUUAGGUUAUUUCCCAAGAGUUUCACGAUUUCUUUCGCAUCCAAGAUUUAAAAUAUUAUCCAGGAUUAAUUUGACUGUUCUAUGUACCAACUUACUCAUCAUUCGACUUCGAUCUGGCUCAACUCGAGUAUUAACUUAUCCAUCAUACACAGAAGCUCUGUUAUUCCACUAUCUUCCUUUGUAUAUAGUAAUAUAUGCCAUGGCCAUUUUAUCGGCGGUAUUCGUCGAAUUUCCAACCGUUAAUUUGCUGAGAAGAGUUUUCUCCAGAAAACCAAGUAAAAACAACGACAAAACUCCUAGUGAGGACAAUUCAUCAGACAUGCAGUUGGCUGUUACCAGAAUAAUUAUUACUAAUAACAGUUAAUCAGAUAUAGACAUGAAUUCAUAUAAUGAUAUAUUUUACGCAUAUUAUUUUCACCUGAUACUCAGGUUUGACUUUCAAAAAGACAAAAAUAUCGACAGCUAAUUUUAUUGGCUAUACAAAUGUAUUUUACAUGUAAAACAACGAAUUUGAUUGUAAUAAUUACAUCUAUUUUUU